AAAUAAUAUGACGUGAUUUGUUUAUGUAUUCCAAGUGAAUUGCAGAUCCAUUUUCCGGUCGGAGCUCGACAAAGCGAUCGAUCUUCCGAACGACGAUGAUUAGAGACGCUUCAAUUUGUCUCUUACUCGUACUCUACUUAACCUCAGCUGCCUCCGCCGAUUCCGUCCACGGUUGCGGUGGUUUCGUCGAGGCUAGUUCGUCUCUGACUAAAUCGAGGAAGCCAAGGGAUGCAAAAUUCGAUUAUUCUGAUAUCACGGUUGAGCUUCGUACUAUAGAUGGAUUGGUGAAGGAAAGAACACAGUGUGCUCCUAAUGGGUAUUACUUCAUCCCAGUAUAUGACAAGGGUUCUUUUGUUAUUAAAAUAAAGGGACCAAAAGGGUGGUCCUGGGACCCAGAUAAGGUUCCUGUUGUCGUUGAUGAUACUGGUUGCAAUGGAAAUGAAGACAUCAAUUUUCGGUUUACAGGGUUUACCAUAUCGGGUAGAGUUGUGGGAGCUGUUGGUGGGGAGAGCUGCUUACUCAAAGAUGGAGGUCCUUCAAAUGUGAAAGUUGAACUUUUAUCUCCUCAUGAUGAUCUGGUUUCCACUGUAUUAACAUCAUCGAAUGGGAGGUAUUUGUUUACAAAUAUUAUUCCAGGAAAGUACAAAUUACGUGCUUCACAUCAUGAUUUGAAAAUUGAAGUUAGAGGUUCCACAGAGGUGGAAUUGGGAUUUCAAAAUGGUGCAGUUGAUGACAUUUUCUUUGUUCCUGGCUAUGAAAUCCAUGGAUCUGUGGUGGCUCAGGGAAAUCCUAUAUUGGGAGUCCACAUCUAUCUAUACUCUGAUGAUGUUGUAGAGGUAGAUUGUCCUCAAGGUUCUGGUAAUGCCAGAGGACAACGAAAGUCACUAUGUCAUGCUGUAUCUGAUGCUGAUGGAAUGUUCACAUUAAAAUCAAUACCUUGUGGACGUUAUGAACUUGUACCAUACUACAAGGGUGAGAACACAGUAUUUGAUGUCUCACCCUCUGUUUUAUCAGUGUCAGUUGAGCAUCAACAUGUAAUAAUACCCCAAAAGUUUGAGGUCACUGGAUUCUCCAUUGGGGGUCGUGUAGUUGAUGGAAAUGACAUUGGAGUGGCAGGUGUUAAAAUUGUAGUUGAUGGUCAAGAAAGGUCUAUCACUGACGAACAAGGUUAUUACAAGCUUGACCAGGUUAAAUCAAAGCACUAUACAAUUGAGGCCAUAAAGGAGCAUUACACAUUUGGCAAAUUGAAGGACUACUCGGUUUUGCCAAAUAUGGCUUCAGUUGCUGACAUUAAAGCAGUCUCUUAUGAUCUUUGUGGUAUAGUACGGAUGGUUACUUCUGGUUCCAAGGCCAAGGUGGCUCUGACUCAUAGACCACAGAACAUGAAACCGCAAAUAAAACAGACAGAUGCAAGUGGAAAUUUCUGCUUUGAGGUUUCACCAGGUGAAUAUCGCUUGUCUGCUGUGGCUGCUAAACCUGAGAGUGGCCCUGAACUUUUGUUUUUGCCGCCUUAUGUUGAUGUUGUGGUGCAGAGUCCAUUACUUAAUGUAGAAUUUUCUCAGGCACGGGUCAAUGUGCUUGGCACUGUAGCCUGCAAGGAGAAAUGUGAUCCUUCUGUUUCUGUUAGCCUUGUGAGAAUGGCUGAUACAUGGAAUGAAAUGAGAAAGACAGUUAGGAUUACUGAUAAGAGUAGUGAGUUCCUCUUUUCUGAUGUUUUCCCAGGAAAGUACAGGGUUGAGGUUAGACACACUUCUUUGGAGGCUACAUCCAAGGAAGAUGACUGGUGCUGGGAGCAAAGCUUUGUUGACAUUAAUGUUGGGGCAGAGGAUGUUAAAGGAAUUGAAUUUGUUCAAAAGGGAUACUGGGUCAAUGUUAUCUCUGCCCAUGAUGUGGAUGCUUACAUCACUCAUCCAGACAGCUCACGUGUCAAUUUGAAAAUCAAGAAAGGUUCCCAAUAUAUUUGUGUUGAAUCUCCUGGAGUGCAUGAACUUCACUUUGUUAACUCGUGUAUUUCCUUUGGGAGCUCUUCUAUGAAGAUCGACACAUCAAAAUCAUUGCCUAUCUAUCUGAAAGGAGAGAAGUAUCUUCUUAGAGGACAAAUCAAUGUUGAGCCAGGCUCAUCUGCUGGUGCAUUGAAAUUGCCUGAUGGCAUAAUUGUUAAUAUUUUGGGUGGUGAAGGCACUGUUGUUAACAGUAUUGAUGCCAGGAUAGCGUCCAGUGCUGAUGAUCAAUUAAGCACUGCCAUUUAUGAGUAUUCUGUGUGGGCGAAUCUUGGAGAAAAACUUUCCUUUCUGCCUUUGGACCCUAGGAGUAAUGGAGAAAAGAAGAUUCUAUUUUAUCCAAGACUACAUUAUGUCUCAGUGGCAGAUGAUGGUUGUCAAGCUCCCAUUCCUCCAUUCUCUGGUCGACUCGGGUUAUACAUAGAGGGAUCAGUCACUCCCCCUAUAUCUGGUGUUGAUAUAAAGAUAUUUGCUGUUGAUGAUAGCCAACUGGCUUCACUAAGAAAGGGAGAAUUAGCUUUUGAAACUGCAACUGGUCCCGAUGGUUCCUUUGUUGGGGGACCUUUAUAUGAUGAUAUAACCUAUGAUGUAAAGGCUUCAAAGCCUGGGUAUCAUCUUAAAAAAGUAGGGCCUCUAUCUUUUUCUUGUCAGAAGUUUAGUCAAAUCUCUGUGCGUGUGUAUUCUAAAGAUGAUGCCGAGGAACCUAUCCCAUCUGUUCUAUUGUCUUUGAGUGGGGAUGAUGGGUAUAGGAAUAACACUGUAUCUGGGACUGGUGGUACCCUCCUCUUUGACAACUUAUUUCCUGGAAAUUUCUAUCUACGUCCUUUGCUAAAGGAGUAUGCCUUCUCACCUUCAGCACAGGCAAUAGAACUUGUUUCUGGAGAAUCUAGAGAAGUCAUUUUCCGGGCUACACGUGUUGCUUACAGUGCUAUGGGUACGGUGACUUUGCUCUCUGGCCAGCCAAAAGAAGGUGUCUAUAUUGAAGCCCGAUCAGAGUCAAAAGGCUACUAUGAGGAAACGGUGACUGAUUCAUCUGGAAAUUAUCGUCUGCGAGGACUGUAUCCUGACACAACAUAUGCAAUCAAAGUAGUGAAGAAAGAUGGCUUCAGUAGUGCUAAAAUAGAACGUGCAUCCCCUGAAUCUGUUACUGUAAAGGUUGGAAACGAGGAUAUCAAGGGAUUGGAUUUUGUGGCCUUUGAACAGCCAGAAAUGACCAUCUUAAGUGGUCACGUUGAAGGGAAAAGGAUUGCGGAACUACAUUCAAAACUCUUGGUGGAAAUAAAGUCAGCCAGUGACCCUUCCAAAAUAGAAUCUGUCAUUCCAUUGCCGUUAUCUAACUUUUUCGAGGUGAAAGACUUACCUAGAAGUAAGCAUAUCCUGCAGCUGAAAUCAAGUCUUCCAUCAAGUACUCUAAAAUUUGAAUCAGAGAUAAUUGAAGUUGACCUAGAGAGCAAUGCCCAAGUUCAUGUCGGCCCUCUCAGAUACAAUGUGAAGGAGGAGCAUCAUAAACAGGAAGUAACUCCUGCGCCAGUAUUCCCACUAAUUGUUGGAGUUUCAGUUAUUGCUCUCUUUAUCAGCAUGCCAAGAUUGAAGGAUGUCUACCAAGCGACAGUGGGAAUGUCAACACCAGCUUUAACAGCAAAUGCUAAAAGAGAAGCACGAAAGCCUGCUGUGAGAAAGAAGACUUUUUGAAGUACCCUCCUUCCAUCCACGAGAUGCUAAGCCUGUAGGCGUCAACUUUUGUAGUGAAAACAUUCAUUCUCCAUUCUGUUCCAAGUUUUGGUCGGUAACCAAAAAAAAAAUAUAUAUAUAUCCGGUUAGAGUAAUAGCAGUAGAAUAUGACCCUCUUCAGCUAGAAACAAAUACAGUUAUUAAAAUAGGAGCUCAGUUGAAGUCUGGCAAAGUCAAGUUUCACUAAAAAUAUACUUGGCACGGAUCUUUCGUAACCCUCAACUUACAUAUUUCCAUUCGAACCAAGAACUUAUUUCCUCAGCUCAUUGUAUAAAGACAAAUAUCGACUCAAUCGUACAUUUUUGCUCAUAUUCAAGUUUCUAAAUUUUAAACCCUUUUUUGUUCUAAUUAUGUACUAAAGUUGCGUAUUGGGU